AUGGAUAAAAAUAAAUUUUAUUUCUGGAUAAAAAAAAUAACGAUAAUAAUUAUUAUUAAUUUUCCUGUCGGUGUUCAAGUUGUCGGUGAAAUAAUAACGUUAAACGUUUCUUUAUUUAAAUGUCAAAAUAAUAGAAAUCAAGGAUUGUGGGAUGGUCAACCUCCAAGAAGAUUCGAAUUCGAUCAAUCUUUGUUUAACGGUUUCGAUAGCAAUAAUCGAUUCGAUGAAGAUUACGAUGUCGGAAGUAUCGGAGACAUAAGCGAAAAUAAUAAUAAUAAUAAUAAUAAUAAUGAUUUUUUUAGACCUGUUGUUGACGAUAGCUUUUUUAGAAAUGAUUUAACCGAGGAAAACAUGUCAAAUUCGCAAUCGAAUUUAUUAGGCGGUAAUAAUAGAAGAAGGAGGCAAAAAAAUCGUGGAAGAAAUCAAAGUCGGACAACGACAACCACAACAACAAGAACAACAACAACGGCCGAACCGAGGACAAUUCACGCAUCGCCAGAAAUGUGUCCUUGUUCGUCAACUCCGCAAUUUAAUCCUGUUUGUGGAAGUGAUGGUAAUACGUAUAAAAAUGCCGGAUUACUUAACUGUUACAGACAGUGCGGAAUUAAUGUUUUUCAAAAGCGAAUGGGAGCCUGUUAA